CCUCCCUUCUUCACCUUGUGUUCUAUCAACGAUCAAACAAAUCACUACACGCACACCUAUAUAUACAUGUAUUUUACCAUCUCAUAAUCAUCAUCAUCAACAUCAUCACAAUCACAAUCUCACUGACAUACACAAUCAAAUCACAAUCACAAUGAAGCAACAACAUCAUCACCACCACCACUCCGAAGCCGUCUCCUCCACCUCCUCCGACAAUCAUCCGCCGCAGCUUAUUAGGGUUUCCUCUUCCUCGGCGUCGGAAAAGCCUUCUCCUUCCGUCGACGACUCGUCUCCGGCGGCGGCGCCGACCUCGCGCGACACCUUCGCGAUUGCCUGCCAGGAAUCGGUUACGAUCGAGCGGCGCCAGGGCGGGGGCGGCGCGGUGUGUAAAUGGAGUAUCGCGAAUUUUUCUAGGGUUAAGGCUAGGUCAUUGUGGAGUAAGUAUUUUGAAGUUGGGGGAUAUGAUUGCAGGCUUUUGGUUUAUCCGAAAGGCGAUUCGCAGGCUUUGCCGGGGUAUAUUAGUCUGUAUUUGCAGAUUAUGGAUCCUAGAGGUACUUCUUCGUCGAAAUGGGAUUGUUUUGCUAGUUAUCGUCUUACGAUUGUUAAUUUAAAUGAUGAUUCCAAGUCUAUUCAUAGGGAUUCUUGGCAUAGGUUUUCCAGUAAGAAGAAGUCGCAUGGUUGGUGUGAUUUUACGCCUUCCGGGGCCGUUUUGGACCCUAAAUCCGGGUUUUUGAAUAGUAAUGAUUGUGUUGUUGUUACUGCUGAUAUACUUGUUUUGAAUGAGACUGUUAGUUUUACACGGGAUAAUAUUGAUGGGCAGUCGAGUUUGAAUGGGAGUUCUGUUGGGGGUCCGGUUGGCGAUGUUUUGAGUGGGAAGUUUUCGUGGAAGGUUCAUAAUUUUAGUUUGUUUAAGGAGAUGAUUAAGACUCAGAAGAUUAUGAGCCCUGUGUUUCCGGCUGGAGAGUGUAAUUUACGGAUAAGUGUUUAUCAGAGUACGGUGAAUGGGGUUGAUUAUUUGUCCAUGUGUUUGGAGAGUAAGGAUACAGAUAAGACGGUGGUUAGUGAUAGGAGUUGUUGGUGUUUGUUUCGGAUGUCGGUGUUGAAUCAAAAGCCAGGGUUGAAUCAUCUACAUAGGGACUCUUAUGGGAGAUUUGCUGGUGAUAACAAAAGUGGGGAUAAUACAAGUUUGGGGUGGAAUGAUUACAUGAAAAUGUCAGAUUUUGUUGGAAAUGAUUCAGGCUUUCUGGUGGAUGAUACAGCAAGUUUUAGUACGUCAUUUCAUGUGAUUAAGGAGUUCAGUAACUUCUCAAAAAAUGGGGCAUUAAGUGGGAUGAGGACUGUAGGUGGACUGCGAAAGUCUGAUGGUCAUAUCGGAAAAUUUACCUGGAAAAUUGAGAAUUUUACUAGACUAAAAGAUCUUUUAAAGAAGAGAAAGAUCACUGGGCUUUGCAUCAAGAGCAGGAGAUUUCAAAUUGGAAAUCGGGAUUGCCGUCUUAUUGUGUAUCCUAGAGGGCAGUCUCAGCCACCCUGUCACCUUUCUGUAUUCCUUGAAGUCACAGAUUCUCGAAAUACUUCCAGUGAUUGGAGUUGUUUUGUGAGCCAUCGUCUAUCGGUUGUGAACCAGAAGAUGGAGGAUAAGUCUGUAACAAAAGAAUCUCAGAACCGAUACUCUAAAGCUGCCAAGGAUUGGGGUUGGCGCGAGUUUGUAACGCUCACCAGUCUAUUUGAUCAAGAUUCCGGGUUUCUUGUCAAUGAUACUGUUAUAUUCUCUGCUGAAGUUCUAAUACUGAAAGAAACAUCCAUAAUUCAUGAUUUUACUGAUCAGGAAUCUGAGUCGACUAGUGAUUGUCAAACAGAUAAAGUGGAAAAAAGGACAUUUACAUGGAAGGUUGAGAACUUUCUAUCCUUCAAGGAAAUAAUGGAAACCAGGAAAAUUUUCAGCAAAUUCUUUGAAGCUGGUGGAUGUGAGCUCCGUAUUGGAGUUUAUGAGUCCUUUGACACCAUAUGCAUAUAUUUAGAGAGCGAUCAGUCUGUUGCCAGUGAUCCUGACAAGAACUUCUGGGUUAGAUAUAGAAUGGCUAUAUUGAAUCAAAAGAAUCCCACCAAGACUGUGUGGAAAGAGUCUUCAAUUUGUACAAAGACAUGGAAUAAUUCUGUUCUCCAGUUUAUGAAGGUUGCUGAUAUGUUGGAAGCAGAUGUCGGAUUUAUUGUACGUGACUCAGUUGUCUUUGUCUGUGAAAUAUUGGAUUGCUGCCCUUGGUUCGAAUUUUCUGAUCUAGAGGUAUUUGCUUCCGAGGAUGAUCAAGAUGCUCUGACGACAGACCCGGAUGAACUUGUUGAUUCUGAGGACAGUGAGGGAAUUAGUGGGGAUGAAGAAGAUAUCUUCAGGAAUCUUCUUUCUAGAGCCGGUUUUCACCUUACAUAUGGAGAUAAUCCUUCUCAGCCACAGGUCACACUGAGAGAAAAGCUUCUCAUGGAUGCGGGUGCCAUAGCUGGGUUUUUGACUGGACUCCGCGUUUAUCUUGAUGAUCCCGCUAAAGUAAAGCGCUUGCUUCUUCCAACUAAGCUUUCUGGUAGUAAUGAUGUGAAGGAGUUGACGAAAAAUGAUGAAUCUUCUCCUAGUCUGAUGAACUUGUUGAUGGGAGUUAAAGUCUUGCAACAGGCAAUUAUUGAUUUGCUUCUGGACAUUAUGGUUGAGUGUUGCCAACCUUCAGAAGCUAGUUCAAAUGAUAAUUCCUCAGAUGUAACUGCCAAACCUUCUCCAGAUGACAGUGAAGCUACUACACUACAUGACUCAGAUAAGGGCACAGGAGCGGUGGAGACUGCUCAUCUUCAUGUGAAUGACAGGUUAGAUGUUGCGAUGGAAGAAAACAUGCACUCAUCGGCCGUACAAAGCUCAGAUAUGUAUAAUAUUGACACACCUGUGAAAUCUGUUCCUGGACAGCCUAUUUGUCCACCAGAAACGUGUGCUGCUGGUUCUGCCCAUGCUUCUGGUCGCUCAAAGACAAAGUGGCCAGAACAGUCUGAGGAGCUCUUGGGAUUGAUUGUGAACUCAUUGCGGGCACUAGAUGGAGUGGUUCCGCAAGGUUGCCCUGAGCCAAGACGAAGACCACAAUCUGCACAGAAGAUUGCUCUUAUUUUGGAUAAAGCACCUAAGCAUCUGCAGUCAGAUCUAGUUGCUUUAGUCCCUAAACUAGUUGAGCAGUCAGAGCAUCCUCUUGCUGCUUGUGCACUUCUAGAUAGACUUCAAAAAGUAGAUGCAGAGCCCGCACUGCGAUUGCCUGUUUUUGGUGCUCUUAGCCAGUUGGAAUGUAGCAGUGAAGUUUGGGAGCGUGUCCUGUCUCAAUCCUUUGAACUUUUGGCUGAUUCAAACAAUGAACCCCUUGCAGUUACUGUGGAUUUCAUAUUUAAAGCUGCAUUGCAUUGCCAACAUCUUCCAGAAGCUGUCCGUUCUGUUCGGAGAAGACUAAAAACAUUAGGUGUUGAAGUCUCUCCAUGUGUUCUGGAUUACUUAAGUAGAACAGUAAAUAGUUGUGCCGAUAUUGCAGAAGCUAUCCUUAAGGAUAUUGAUUGUGAUGAUGAUUGUUCAACAAUGAGCUGUGGGCUUUUCCUAUUCGGAGAGAAUUCCUCUGGCGAUGGAUUAAAUGCACCAGAGGAACAAGCUUUCCGUGCUACAGCAACCUCUAAUUUUUCUGAUAUUUAUAUCCUUAUAGAGAUGUUAUCCGUUCCUUGUCUUUUAGUUGAAGCUUCUCGAAGUUUUGAGAGAGCUGUAGCUCGUGGGUCAAUUAUGGCCGAGUCUGUAGCUUUGGUCCUGGAAAGACGCCUUGCUCGGAGAUUAAAUUUGACGUCCCAAUUUGUUGCUGACAAUUUUCAAAAUUCUGAAGUAAUUGUAGAGGGAGAAGUUAUCGAACAACUGAGAGCCCAACAAGACGAUUUUACUUUAGUUCUUAGUCUUGCUGAGACAUUGGCCCUCUCUAGGGAUCCUCGUGUGAGAGCAUUUGUAAAGAUGCUUUAUACAAUUUUAUUUAAGUGGUAUGCUGAUGAAUCCUACAAGCUGAGGAUUUUGAAGAAGCUGGUGGACCGGGUGACAAGUGCCACAGAUAGUAGUGGUGAUGUAGAUUUGGAUUUGGAGAUCUUAGUAAUUUUGGUCUCUGAGGAACAAGAAAUAGUUAGGCCAGUUUUGAGCAUGAUGCGGGAUGUUGCUGAACUUGCAAAUGUUGAUAGGGCAGCUCUUUGGCAUCAGUUAUGUACCAGUGAAGAUGAAAUACUUCAUAUCCGUGAAGAAAGGAAAGCUGAGGUAUUAGGUAUGGUGAAAGAGAAGGAUGUAUUAUCGCAAAGGCUGAGUGAAUAUGAGGCUACAAAUAACCGUCUGAAGUCUGACAUGAAGGCUGAAGCUGACCGUUUUGCUCGAGAGAGGAAGGAAUUCUCUGAACAGAUACAAGAAUUUGAAAAUCAACUUGAAUGGCUACGGUCAGAAAAGGAUGAUGAAAUAGGGAAACUAUCUGCAGAAAAGAAAGUUCUUCAAGACCGUCUUCAUGAUGCAGAAACACAGCUUUCCCAGUUGAAGUCCCGGAAACGCGAUGAGUUAAAGAGAGUAACAAAGGAGAAAAACGUCCUGGCAGAAAGGCUGAGAAGUACUGAAGCAGCUCGGAAACGAUUUGACGAUGAGCUGAAACGUUAUGCCACAGAGAAUGUAACUCGAGAAGAACUUCGAAAGUCACUGGAGGAUGAAGUUCGACGGCUGACACAAACAGUUGGGCAGACUGAAGGGGAAAAGCGUGAGAAAGAAGCACAAGUCGCUCGAUGUGAAACAUAUAUUGAUGGGAUGGAAUCUAAAUUGCAGGCUUGCCAGCAAUAUAUCCACACCCUCGAGUCUUCACUUCAGGAGGAGAUGUCAAGACAUGCCCCUCUAUAUGGUGCAGGUCUGGAAGCUCUAUCAAUGAAGGAGUUGGACACGAUCUCUCGUAUUCAUGAAGAAGGACUUAGACAGAUACGUGUCCUCCAACAGCGCAAUGGUAGUCCAGCUGGCAGUCCACUUGUAAGCCCUCACACUCUCCAGCACUCCCAUGGGCUGUACGCUUCUGCUCUGUCUCCCAUGACUGGACUAACCCCCUCUCACAUCUCAAACGGUGCUGGUAUCCACAGCAAUGGGCAUGUAAAUGGUGCUAGAAUUCAUGGCAAUGGGCACGUAAACGGUGCUGUUGGGCCUUGGUUCAAAAAUUCUUGAGCCUUUGAAGCCUCAGAGUGAAAUAUGUUGGCAUUUUUGGCUAGUAGUUUUGUUAGAGAACGCCGAGGAAAGAAAUAAUAGGAAGAAAACGCACAACCUGUAACAGUUUAAUGCACUACUUACGCUGACCCCCCCAUAUAUCAUCAAUGAAAGGUAUUUAGGAAAGUUUUGCUUA